AGAGGACUCGGAAAAAGGCGAUUUCUUUCCUUUUUCCCUCGUAAACGCUAGUUCCUCCCCAUUUGAGGAUCACUUGCACUCACCGAUCCAUCUGGUUCCAAAACAAACGCUCUCUGGAACAACAGCCAUCCGAGAAGAAUCGGGUUUUCGGUCGGAGUGUCGUGUCUCAGUGGAGCGUAAGGAAAUCUUAGUGUUCCAAUAACAUCUUAUUUGUUACUUCGGAAAACUCAAGUUUCACUUCAUCAACGUCCGCGCGUUCAUCCAAACCCGAGCGUGGUUCCACUCACUCACUUCCCGCCCCAAGUUCGGAUUUCCACUCCAAGGAUAUUGAGUUGAGCGCGCUUGAACUCAUCCCCGUUGCCUCCUUUGUUAACUUCAUUCAAGACCAAACUUCCAACCCACCAACCCACCAACCAACUAGCCCAAAAGAGAAGAUUUCGAAGCAGCAAAACCAGAGCAGAGCGAGUUGACUGGCCCAGAGUGAUGCAUAAUGAAAUCUAAAUUGCCACCUCUUAGAAGCUGAUUGAGCAGAGUGCGACGAGGAGACGAACAAGUUCCAACACUGCUCCACUAUCAAGGCUUUCAAUUCACUUCUGGCCCUGACUUCAUCCCGCAUUUACGGAUUACUGAAAUCCCAGACCCUACGAUAAAACUCUAAUUCCCCUUUCAAACAUAUCUCUCUCUCCUCUAUAUACGUAUGUAAUUGUCUUUCUCUUGUGCUUGAACCCUCAACCAUUAUAAUUGUGAGCAUGACCUCCAACUGGGAAGAUAAAGACGACCUCCUGUUUGAAAAAGCGGCCACCACCCAACCCAACAAACAAAAGCUCUCCAAGAAUGAAUUGGAACGAGUCACUGAGGUCUUCAAAAUGUACGAAACGGGUGAAGGAGAAGCCACCAUCUAUCCAAGGGAUCUGGCCAUUGCCAUGAAGAAACUAGGCCUGAAUCCAACCGAGACCGAAAUCCAGGAUCUGAUUAACGCGGUGGAGGUGAAUGGGCUCGUUUAUUACCAAGACUUCUGUCGCAUCAUCGUUCGAAAGUUCAGGGAAGAUGACGAGGAGAAUUUCCACCAGGAGCUCUUCAGAACUCUCGUGGGUCCUAAAGAAUACCCUUCGGGGACCCAAGCGCCCAUCUACGAUGUGAACAAAGAGCUCCUGAGCUUCACCCAAUUCAAGGCCAUCAUGACCAAUCUCCCCGAGAUGGUCAACGACAACGAUGUGGCCCGAAUGUUCAUGGUGGCCGAUAAGGAUAGUAGUGGGAAGAUUUCGUAUCAGGAAUUCAGGCGAAUGUGCGUGGUUCCGCGGGUGGAAUCCAUUCCAGAUGAGAUGCCGGAUAUUGAUGCCAAUGGCGAUAUCAUCGUUCGCCAUCACUCUCCCAAGGUGGACACGGUGGUGUCUGUGGUCGGUUCCAAAUGAGAUAGAUGAAUAGAUGUAUAGAUGUCUCCAAGAAUAGUGCCCAAGGGUGGAUGGCCAGUCUUUCCUUAGCGUCCAUAAUAUCCUGUAUUCGUUGUACUGUGUUCACAAACACACACUCACCACAGCAUCACAGCAUCACAGCAUACCCCGUUUUUACUUUUUCUAGAUGUGAAAGCCGGUUUUUGUAGAGCAUGACCCGAAAGAAGCAGAUUUGUAGGUUGCCGAGACCAAAGUUCGUUUGCAAAAGGCAUAUCAAGGUAAACCAUUUGAUUCUUAUUUUGGCAUUCCCAACCACCUCAUUCAAACCAAACUCUAGUCAAGAACAACAACAACAAAACCUGUGCCUAUUAGUACUAGAUACUAAGAUUUCCAGUAUUCCAAUUCUACCAACGUAGACCCCCGAAGACCCUUAUCAAAAGAGUGCUGAUAAAACCUCUUUCUCUUCCCAUAAUACUCGAAAUUGAUCUGCGAUGUUAGCAUUAUCAGUACCAUGGAUAGAACAAACACACAUUUACCUACUUUUUCGAUUGAUUCACCGUUUAUGAUUGUGAUCUUUGUCGUGGCAAUAAGUUGGUCCCUACAUUCAUGUAAGGGUAGUAUUUCGCUCGAGUCUUGCCAUAGGGUUAAUCUAGAUCAACCUUUUUCUAGACUAGAGACCUCCAACAUCUCGCUUCCAAAUUAUCAUAGAAACCAUUGUCAACCCCUAGACAUAAUUUCACGAAAACAUCCAGGGCAUACCUGUAGAUUUAUUCUGUGUAUGACGAUGCAAGUUAUCCAUUAAGCACCGCCGUUGAUUCCAAAUUUGUUUUUGCUAUCAUUGUUACAUCCUUACAAGUAUGCUUAGCCAAGUGUUCCAUGUUAGCCCAACCAGAGUUUAAUACAUCCCACUUGGUCUAUUUGUUGUUGGGUCAUAUGAUUAUCGAUCCUUGAUUCGAAAUAAAACCUUCAAAGGACA